AAUCUAGAUUUUUUUUAGGGGUGGGUGGUGGGUAGAAUUGCAUUUGAGCUAGGGUUUGAGUCAAAAGCUCUUCGAGUUGUACACUCAGGCUGCUUGCACCCUGGACAGACAGUAGCGUCCUGUGACUCUCUGCUUUAGUCUCUGAAAACGACAGUGUUCAAGGUCCUAGCGCUAAGCACGGAAACAUGCAAGGCACAGGGCGGCCUCAGUAAUGAGAAGGGCGUCCAUUCUUGCUUACUCUCCAAGCCAGUGGGGAGUCGAUGUACCGCACAGUGUGCAUAAAACUGUGAGAAUACUCUGGAUAAAUGCUGUGUGUUAGAUAACUAUUUUGAUUGUGCAAAACAAGCAACUAUUUUGCCCUCUUGCAGAAAAGUGGUUUUGCCCCGUUCUGUGGGUGUAUGGCUACGCUACUUUAUUUACGGAGGGGAGAUUCUAUCUCUCUCUCGAUGUUAGAUAACAACAUCCAGUUAGUAACUCAACACCAGCAGUUUGCUGGUUGUAUCCCAUGUUAGCCCUACUCAGAGUAAAACCACUGAAAGUGAUGAACAAUCAGUUCAGUGGGGUCUACUCUGAGUAAAACCUAAUUGGCUACAAACUUGCAUUUCCAGCAUCCCCUAAUCCAGGCUUGCACGAUGGGUGACCCAUUGAUCCAAAUGCAACCUGUUGGUGACCAGGUGAUAGCCCACUGGGGAGGGGAGGGGCGUUCAGGAAAACUUUGGGCUCCCCACUUAGAACCGCCAACCAAAUUGCGGGUGGAACUGAACUACAAACCAAAGCCCUGCUUUCGAACUGGAAACCGAAUUGUGGGGGGAUGAGGGGGCUGUUAUUAAACACAUGGCAGGCCCCGAUCCAGAGGCUAUAUAUAUAUUCAAGCUUAUCGGGUCACAGCUUUAAGAAGAUGCCCUAACUCUAAUGGGCAUCGCUGUUCGUUUGGAGGGAUUCCAUCAGCUCCGCACCACAGAUCUGCACGCAGCUUGCAGGCUCUUUUGACUGCAAACCUCAGCGCCAAGGCUUGCCUCUCCACUUCCCGUGGCUUCUCAAGACGAAACAAGAGUAGGAGGCUCCUCCUUCACUUCCCCCUUGCAAAAGCACGCAGGCACCAACAGCUCUUCAGACUCUGAAAGUCCCGAGAGGAGCUGUGAUGAUAGCGGAGGCCUUCAAGGAGUGAACUAGCCUUCCAACGUCUGAAGACUAGGAUAACUCAGACUGGCAGUGGGGUUCUUCACGGGGUCAUUUUAGCCAACGCACUGCAAGCUUGCACCUCUUCGCCUACCACGGAGGGCGAGGCCGCGUUUUAAGUACAGCUCCCUUCUCGGCACCAAGGACUUCAGCCUUGGACUUUGUUAGCAUGUCAUCUUAUGAAUGGUGAAGGUAAAGCAGUCUUGGGUCUCCUGGAGAAGAGGGGAAGCUUCUCCAGCUUAAAAAAAAAAAAUGGAUAACACAACUGUGGUUACCACGGGGCCUAGUAAGGCCGUCGCCAAUGCCAGUUUGGGGUGCACCUUGCAAGCGGACUUCCAGUAUUCCUUCUUCACUAUCGUCUAUAGCACUGUAUUUGUCCUGGGCUUGCUGGAAAAUGGGGUGGCCUUAUACCUCCUGACCUGCCGAGUUGUCAACGUGCCUCGUUCCUACGUCUACCUGGUCAACUUAGCCGUGGUGGACACCUCGUUUGUCUGCAUCUUGCCUUUCAAGGUCCAUUACCACAUGAACCAAAACCACUGGAUCUUCGGCGAUGUUGCCUGCCGGGUCACAGGAAGCAUGUACUUCCUCAACAUCUACCUCAGCAUUGCCUUCUUCACGUGCAUCUGCCUUGACCGUUACGUGGCAGUCUUGCACCCUUUUGUGUACAUCAGGAUCAAGAGCGCCCACUAUGGGAUGGUCGCCAUGGUCCUCUGGGUGGCUGCAGGGAGCGUCGCCCUGCCGCUGGUCCUUGGGGGACCCCUUGACUUCAACAGGAGCACCAGCACGGCAUGUUUUGAGAAUUUUGGGGUAGAAAUUUGGACCGGGCGCAUGGUACCCUACAACAUCUGCGCACUGAUUUUCGGCUUUGUGGUCCCUUUUGCCGUGAUCUUGAUCAGCUACCCUGUGAUUGCCCGGCGCAUCUCGCGCAUCCCUCACAGCGCCCGCAAGAAGAAGGCCUUGGGCACCAUCUACCUCAUCCUCUUCAUCUGCGUGACCUGCUUCCUUCCGUACCAUCUCACCCACCUCCUGCACUUCCUGAUGCGGGCCGGCCUGAUCCAGGACUGCCACUUUGCCACCUUCAUCUACAGAAUGCGACGGGUCACUUUAGCCUCAGUCAGUUUCAACUGCUGCCUGAACCCCAUUUUGUACUACUUCACCUCAGCCAGCAAGCGGUGGCCCUGGCGGCUUCCAUUCAGGACCAGGACCAGGAAGGUCUACACCAUCUGCGGCAGCCUAGGUGUGGCUCGUGCAGCCGCCGAUCAAAGCAUCCCUGGACCAAGGCGAGGAGAUAGGAGGCGGCCUGCUGCAGACAAGAUGAGAUUGCCUUCCCCAGCUGGUGUCCUCCAGAUGCUGGACUACAACUCCCAUCAUCCCUAACCGUUGGCCACGAUGGCUGGGGCUCUCGGAGGCAGCACGCUUCUGAAUGUCAGUCGCAGGGAGUCACAGGUAGGGAGAGCACUGUUGCAUUCAGGUCUCUGCCUGGCCACUGUGAGAACAGGAUGCUGGCCUAGAUGGGCCUUUGGCUUGAUCCAGCAAGGCUCCUCCUAUGUUUUUAUUGGGUACUUGAUGCUUUUUUAAAAAAAACGAACAAAGAGGAAAUGACCGCGACUGAAGAGGAACACUGGCUGUUUCAGAGCAGGCGCUCUGUUGAAGAACUGUUGUUCUCCCCCCGCCCCCUGGCAAGAAAAAAAAGCGUACAGAAAUUAAUCUGAAAGCAAGAUGAAUUGGGGGCUGGAGUUGACUAUUUUGGUAAACUGGCUUCCUUUUUUAAAAGAAAAUGCUGCAAGGGAAUGCAAUUUGUUUUCAGACUGAUGCCAAAACAAAAAGCUUACUGCUGGAGCCAUUCUGAUUGUCAUUAUACUCUGCUGCAACCCAUGACAAUAAAGACCAAUCAGUUUGAAGACAGUUGUCUUUUAUUUUUUAAAAAAGAAAACACCCAACUUAAGUAUUUACAGUGUCCUUUCUGCUGUUUUAACUUCGGAGGUCUCAUGCCGUGAUUUGGGG